GGGAAGGUCUCUAGCCAGAAAGAAGAGUCGGUUGGUCAGGAGAGCACCACCACUAGCAGCAGCAACAGCAGCCAUGGCGACGUUCAAGUCUAGCAUGGCGCCGGUGCCAUCGGCCAGCGACUUUCUCGACAUUGUGCUGUCCAAGACGCAGCGAAAGACGCCGACGGUGGUGCACCCGGGAUGGAAGAUCACGAGAAUUCGGUCGUUCUACUCGCGCAAGGUCAUGUUCACAAAGGACGCCUUCACCGAGAAGCUCGAUGCCAUCCUCUCGGACUUUCCCAUCCUCGACAACCUGCACCCCUUCACCUCGUCGCUGAUGAACGUCCUCUAUGACAAGAAUCACUACAAGCUGGCGCUUGGCCAGCUCAACACGGCGCGGCAUCUCAUCGACUCGGUGGCUAAGGACUACGUGCGUCUCAUCAAGUUUGGCGACUCGCUCUACCGCUGCAAGCAGCUCAAGCGGUCUGCGCUUGGUCGCAUGGCGACGAUCAUGAAGCGACAAAAGGACCCAUUGGCAUACCUGGAGCAGGUCCGCCAGCACAUUUCCCGUCUGCCGUCCAUCGACCCGUCGACGCGGACGCUGCUCAUCUGCGGCUACCCAAACGUGGGCAAGUCGUCGUUCAUCAACAAGGUCACCCGGGCCGAUGUCGACGUGCAGCCGUACGCAUUCACGACCAAGUCGCUCUUUGUCGGCCACAUGGACUACAAGUACCUGCGCUGGCAGGUCAUCGACACGCCGGGCAUCCUCGACCACCCGCUCGAGGAGAUGAACACCAUCGAAAUGCAGAGCAUCACCGCCCUUGCCCACCUUCGCAGCGCCGUGCUGUACUUUAUGGACCUCAGCGAGCAGUGUGGCUACUCGAUCGAGGCUCAGGUCCAGCUCUUCAACAGCAUCAAGCCCCUCUUUUCCAACAAGCCGACGAUGCUCAUCAUCAACAAGAUUGAUGUCCAGCGCCUCGAUACCCUCGACGCCGAACGUGCCGCCCUCGUCCGCGGCCUCGUCGACGAGUCCGACGGCAAGGUGCAGCUGGCGGAGAUCUCGACAUUCACGGAAGAGGGCAUCAUGGAGGCGCGCAAUGCCGCAUGCGAGGCGCUGCUGGCCAUGCGUCUCGACGCCAAGCAAAAAGGCGGCAAGGUCAAUACGAUUCUCAACCGCAUCCACGUCUCGCAGCCCAAGCGGCGCGACGAGGUGGAACGCAAGCCCUUCAUCCCCGAAGCGGUCGCCAAUGGCUCUCGUAGAAAGUUCGAAAAGGACGACCCGGAACGGAGGCAGAUCGAACGCGACGACGAGGAGGCACACGGCGGUGCUGGCGUGUACAACCUCGACAUGAAGAAGCGGUACAUGCUCGAGGACGACUCGUGGAAGUACGACACGAUCCCCGAGAUCCGCAACGGCAAGAACGUGGCCGACUUCAUCGACCCGGACAUUCUCGACAAGCUCGAGGCACUCGAGGCCGAGGAGGAGAAGCUGGAAAAUGACGGUUUCUACGACGAGAGCGAGGAGGAGAUCGAGGAUGAUGAGGCACGCGAUGUCCGCGAGGCUGCUGAGGCGAUCCGACGACGGCGCGAGGAGGCAAAGGGCUUCUCGCAGGACCGCAAGAAGCUCAAGGCGCGUGCGCGUGUGCCGCGGAAGCUGCAGACGCGGACAUUUAGCGAAAUGAGCGAGAAGCUCAGGAGCCUCGGCAUCGACCCCAGCAGCAUCACCGCACGCGCAGAGCUACUGGCAAAGGCAAAGGGUCUCAGCGUUGCCGGUGGCAAGCGAAAGCGCAGCGGUGCUGCGGCUGAUAGCGACGACGAUGAGGAGAUGAUGGACGGAGCGGAGGACGAGGAUGCAUGGGAGGAGGACGACGGUGACAACGAGGGCAUGGACGUGGACGGCGAGGAUGGCGACGGCCCUUCGACGCGGGCUCGCAAGGCGAGGCGGUCCGACACGGGGAGUCGUCUGGCGACGGCGCGCCGCGCAUCGUCGAACCUGUCGAACCGAAAAAAGUCCGGAGGCAGGCCCACAUCGCGCGCAGGCCCCGUGCGCAUCCCCGCGAGCAACCGGCAGCUCGCGGGCCUCAAGAACGAUGCACAGGCAUCCAAGGCACGCGAGCUCAAGGACCUGGGCAUUCGCCAGCGCAACUGGCACGCAAAGGCCGGCGAGUCGGACCGUGCCAUCAAGGAGACGAAGCCAAAGUGGCUCUUUUCCGGAAAGCGCGGCAAGGGCACCACGCGGAGCCGGUAGUCUUCCUCCAGCACACACACUCUCUCUUUCUGCCUCGUGUUUCUGUAUAUCUUCCACUCUACAAUGCAUGUCUCUACUACCACAAUGGCGACGUACAGCAGAGAGAGAAAGAUGGCGUGCGACGGCGCUCGCACUCAUUGACUCUCGUCCAUGGCGUCCUCCUCUUCCUGGCCCGCACUCGCCGGCUGCUCCUUUGCCCACUCGACAAAGUCGUCAAUCUGACUCGGCCAGGCCGCUGUUGUUCUUUCCUCAUCAGCUUAGUCCUCCCCAGAUAGCUUGGCUUCCUUGAAACUGCAUGCUCACCAUCAAAAUCGUGUGUCUUGAACUCCUCAUCGAUCUCCUUUGUAAAGUCGAGAAAC